CUGGGCCAUGUUGUUAUCUUCAGAUCUUGCUGUUCACGGUAGACACCAUAGAUGAAAUAACAUAUCAUAUCAUAUCACCGGACUUUCGAUUCUAGAUACGUCUUUCGGGGAACAUCCUUCCAUUGGAGUUUGUUUAAGUCUUCAAUUCCUAUUCCAUUAACUACGUACAUACAUAUCCCACAUCAGUGAUAUUUACCUCAAUCCAACAAUGGCCAGUAAAGGAACCUGCAACUUCUUCCAACGCCCAUAUGAAGGCAAAUUAGGAAUCAUAACAGGCGGUUCACGAGGAAUCGGCGCCGCCGUCGCCAAACGUCUCGCUACAAAAGGCUGUAACCUUCUCCUCGUCUACACAUCCGCAUCCUCGAAACCCCUCACAGACCAAAUCACCACGGACCUCAUCUCCUCGCACCAAAUCCACGUCUCAUCCGUCCAAGCGGAUCUGUUGAACCCAGCUGAGGCCGCGCCGCGCAUCGUCUCUGCCGCAAAGGACCUCUUCCGCUCUUACCAUGCUAGCGAAGAGGAUAAAUUCCAGAUCGACAUCCUGAUCAACAAUGCAGGCGUGGCAUCAAACCAGCUCCUGAACGAUAAGGAACAUGGACCCGUUCAGCCGGAGGAGUUCAACCGCGUGUAUGCGGUGAAUGUGCUGGCGCCAUUGCUUCUCACGCAGGCUGUUGAGCCGUAUCUUCCCCACGACCGAUCUGGUCGGAUUGUCAAUGUUUCCAGCGUCUCGUCCUCGAUCGGAUAUGAAGGCCAGUCCGUGUAUGCGGGGACGAAGGCUGCGCUGGAGGCCAUGACGCGCUGCUGGAGCAGGGAGCUCGCGACCCGCGCGACUGUUAAUGCGGUCAAUCCGGGCCCGGCCUGGGGAGAUAUGUACGCGGGUGUUGGGCCGAAGUUCUGGAAGAUCAAUCAGCCGUACGUGGAUGCGGCGCCGUUGGCGCAGUAUAAUGGUGAGGAGUGGGUGAAGGAGAUGGCUGGGGAGGAUGCGGAGAGAUUUGAUCGGUUGGUGAGGGAGGAGAUGGGGGGUAGACGACCGGGGUUUACGACUGAGAUCGCGGGGACGAUUGAUAUGCUUUGUACGGAGGAGAGUGGGUGGACGACGGGUAGUGUGGUUUGUGCGAAUGGUGGAAUGAAGAUGUCGAUUGCGUAGUCGAAAUUUUAUUAAUCUUUACUCUGAUGGUGCGUACAUUUGUGCGGAUAUGUCAUUAUACAGGCACGCGGUUGACAUAGAGUAACUCUCAUCAUUGGAUUUCCCAAGGAGGGC